GCAAUGUCCUGUCACUAGCCUCGAUCUUUCGUCCUCUUGCGGACACCACGUGUACGGAGAUGCGCUGCGUUUUUGAGUCGUUCGAUGCACCCUGAUGGAGCAUGCAGCCAGCUACGCCCUGGUCGCCCACACCCUCGACGGCGACGCAGCGAGGGCCCGCUUCACUGAGACGUGGAACCUGCUGCGCGCGCCAAAUCAAUCCACUCAGGCUGCAGAGAGUAGCGCAGCAGCCGACACAUUCUGGGUCGCGGCAGUCUACGCGGGGGUGCACUCGCACUUCGGCCUCACCCUCGAGCAGUUCACCCACGACUCCGACGCGCCCGAGCCGAUAAGAGCGGCGUUUGUGCGUGCGCGGGGUCUUUCGCCCAAAGCGCGCAUCGUCCGCUGUCUCGCGUCAAUACACGACUGCUGGCCGCCCACCUUCCUCGCGCGACUGCUCGACGCGUCGAUCCCCUUCCCGCACGGCGCCGACCAGCCGACCAUCGGCUUCGUCGAGACACUGCAGAAGCUCGCGCGGCUGGAGGAGUUUGACGUGUUUGUCGCCAGCUUCCCGCCCUUCCUCGCCCGCCGCAUCGCCACCCUGCGCUUCACCUACUCGCAGAAGGCGCUGGCCGACGCGGGCAAGCGGACCGUCACCCCGCAAGACCUGCGCGAGUACAUCGACCGCCUGACGACACGCACCAGUGACGUCGUGGACCAGUACCGCGACCCGUGCAGCAAGCGUCGCCGCGUUACGAAGUCGCCCGUCGCGCCUGCCACUUUUGUGUCAACGCCGCCUGCCACUCCCUCACCCACGCCCACGCCAACGCCCAACCAUCCCCAGUUCUCGCCUCCAUCGCCCGAGCUCGCCCGCCGCGCCGACCACGGAGACUUUGAGCGUCACCACUCUUCGCCUAGCCUCGCUGCCUCCCAACUCGAGCCGUCUAUCGUCGAGCAGUCCAUCGUCGAGGCGUCCCUCAUCGAUCGUGAUUACUCAUUCGAACUUUCAGCCAUCGAGCACGAAGAACUUCCCCAACUGCCCGAUUUCGACGAAUCCGAAUCGAACAACACCUUCAACAAUGACACAGCACAAACAAACAACAUGCUGACUGUCGAGGCGCUCCAGGACGCCCACGACCGAGGCUUGGGCUACCACAUCGGCAACAUUCGCGACACCGCCACACACGUUACCCUUGCCCAGCAACGCCAGCUCGCGGCUGACACCAAGCUCCAGAAGGUCAAGCAACGCACCCUCGAUGAGCUGCACAUCACAUACCACGACGACUACGCUGUCUUCGACAAGGCCGAGACGCAGGCCCGCGCCCAAACCGCCACGCUUAAGAGCAACUUCAGCGUCGCCGACAAGAUCGACGAGUUGCGCGCUGCCAUCGCCGGAGACGAGGAAAACCCCGACAUCAACAAGUACAUCACCCUCUCGUUCGAUCGCGGCAGGCUGCAGAAGGAUGUCGAGGAGAGCGAAGGCCGGCUUGACGCGCUGAAGAGGGCGCGCGAGGAGAUUGGCAGCGCCGUCAUGGAGGCGGGGAAAGCCAUCAUGGCCGUUCAGCAUGACAUGGCUAGGCAUCAGGCCGCGUUGCAGGACUUCCAGGCUUUUCAGGCCACCAUCGCGAGUAUUCCGCUCACGGCCGAUUUUGCCAAGUUGGCCGACAUUUGCGGCGUUCCGGAGGGGAAGAGGUGAUGGA